UACAUUUUAGGCAUGGCUAAUAUGCGGGAAGUAAGUUUUUGACGCAAACAGGCUUCAUGUACUGUUUUUGUGCAAUUACAGAAGUACAUAUGAAGCACACAAUAAAUGUUAGCAUAUUUAAAGUGCAUUUAUGGAAUAUCAAUGUUCUACUUGAAGUCUGAACCUCUGUGGGAACCCAAUGUGAUCAUGGACGGGACUAAAACUGGGCUGACAUAAGAAGCGUGGAAUGGGUGGUUGCUGUUGCUGCCCGGCCUCAUCUAGGGUCAGUUCAGUCAAGGGCGAUGCUAGAUCUUUUCCGGAUUCCAGUUAUUCUUUCGAAGGCCCAGUGAAAAACAGAUCAUGCACAGAUGUGAUUUUUCUCAUUCUUCUGAGUGUGUACCUCAUUUUUCUGCUUGUUGGCGUGGGUAUAGCAGGAGUGAGAGGCGACCCCAGAAGACUUAUAUAUGGUGUCGAUGAUUAUGGCAACAUCUGUGGCUUAAAUAAUCAGCGCAUUUCAGGAGCAAACCAAUCUGGAAUCGAUUACAGCGGUGUCAAGUAUCUGACAGUCAGCCAACAAUGCACAGAUGGAACGUGUCGUACGAAAAAACAAUGUGAAAAUGAAUGUCCAGAAGGUUACGAAAAGACAACACUGCGUCGUUGUUUGCCUAAAAAAGUAACUAACACGGGUAAUAAGAUACUUCAGUCGACACUGCCAUUUUUAGAGGAAGUCGGAUCAGAUAUUACUCUUUGCUGGAAAGAAAUUAUUCUCCUUUGUAUGAUUAGUGUUGGUCUAUCACUGCUACUUCUAAUAAUUUUCCGAUAUUGUGCCUCCAUCAUCAUCUGGGCUGUGCUGAUUAUCGUCACCAUUGCCUCCAUUGCGGUCACUGUUUAUGUCUGGGUUAUGUGGCAUCAGAAGAAGAAAGAUCUUGAAAGUUAUGAAGGACCAAAUAAGGAUUUGAAAGAAAAGCAAGGCAAUUACUGGUUUGCCGCAGCCAUUAUCGUGACAAUCUUUACGGUGGUUUACUUAUUGGUGGUUCUAAUCAUGAGAAAUAAAAUAAAAUUGGUGGCUGCUCUGUUUCAAGAAGCUGGGAAAUCGGUGGCUACGAUGCCUUUAAUUCUUUUACAGCCAGUAUUG